AUGAAUCGAAUACAUUCACCAUUUUGUUUCGAGCAAUUAAUUUCCGCAGCACAAUAUAUCGAGAAGGCACGCAGCAUUCCCGAUGUUUACCUCACUAGCGACGACAGCAGUGGUGAUUCUUUUGUGAACAAAUCAGCAACGAGACAAACUUUGUCAACCUGUUCCAUCCCCUCGACGUCAUCGUUAGGAUGUUCAUCUGACCGUAGUUCGUCAUCCAUCCCUUCACCGCAUCAUUAUCCAACAUCUUCUCCGGAAUCGAAUCGGCGGCACCAGCCAUACCCAUCUGUGACCAGUGCACGUCAUAGCAGAACUGCCCACAACGAGCUAGAAAAAACUCGACGUGCUAAUCUUCGUGGUUAUUUGGAUAACUUGAAGGAUAUCGUACCCACAGGUUGCGAUAAUGCUCGAAACACGACUCUCUCCUUACUAACUCGAGCUCGAGACUAUAUAAUGGAAUUAGAAAAGCUGAUAAGCAGCGCAGAAGAGAAAAAAAGCCAACUUGAAAAGCACCGCUCCUCUCUGCGGCUUGUGUUGGAAGGAUUGAAUCCGGAUAAAACAGUGGCAGAAGGAUCUCGACCAGGAAGUGCGGGUACCAUUUCUGUGGUUGAUGAUCACGACUAUGGCAUCUUCUCGUCAUCCUCGUCGUCUGUUUCUUCUCACACAUCAUCUGAUAGUAGCACUUCAUGUUUAGAUUUCAGUUCCAAGUUAUCUGUCUCAUCUAGUAACUCAUCAGUAGUUAGCUCUCCUGUUCAUCCCUAUCCACCCUUUGAUCCCUAUUUGAAUGGACUUCUUCCUGCGCUACCACUUUGUUAUCCUCGUAUUUCGAUGUACCCUUACCUCGACGUGCAACCCCUAUGA